GCCCAGCAGGAGGAAGUGGCCUGACGUGGGGCUGGGCCGGGUCAGGGGCCGGGCACUGCCUCGGGCAGAGACUGCUGGGUCCCCCGGGGCUGCGGAGCCCUGCCUACCCCCCCUCCCCGGCUGCCCCCGCUGCCGCCCAGCUGCCCGGUUCGGGAAGCCGCCCCCGCCCCCAGACAGAGAGACUCAGGGCAUGGCGCAGGCGGCCGGGGCCCUGCGGCCGGGGGCCGGGCCACCCCACGUGUUCAAGCUGGUGCUGCUGGGGAGCGGCUCCGUGGGCAAGUCCAGCCUGGCCAUGCGCUACGUGAAGGACGACUUCAGGAGCAUCCUGCCGACCGUCGGCUGUGCGUUCUUCACCAAGGUGGUGGAGCUGGGCGCUGCGUCCGCGAAGCUGGAGAUCUGGGACACGGCCGGCCAGGAGAAGUACCACAGCGUCUGCCACCUCUACUUCCGGGGCGCCAACGCCGCGCUCCUGGUGUACGACAUCACCAGCAAGCGGCGAAACCGCCCACACGUCUUGCCCUGCGUUCCCGUGUUUCCCGUUCCAGGAGUCCUUCCUCAAGGCUCAGCAGUGGCUGGCCGACCUGGAGAAGGAGUUCUCCCCGGGGGAGGUCGUGGUGAUGCUGGUGGGCAACAAGACGGACCUGGGCGAGGAGCGGGAGGUGGCGCUGGAGGAAGGCAAGGAGUUUGCCGAGAGCCAGCGCUUGCUGUUCAUGGAGACCUCGGCCAGAGCCAACCACCAGGUGACUGAGGCCUUCAGCGCGGUUGCCCGGGAGCUGCUGCGGAGGGCAGAGGAGAGGGAGCAGCAGCAGACCCCGAGGGGAGACGCCCGGCUGGCCUUGAACCAGGGGCCCGCGGGGCGGGCCAGGUGCUGCGCCCGCUAGGAGCGGCCGCUCCAGGAGGGGCCCGGGGAGGGUGCCCCCGGCCUGGCCCCAGCUGGUCCUCCGGGUGAGCCGCUGCCAGCUCCGUGUGGACGGCGGCCCUUGACCCUGGUGCGGCGCUGGGGCUGGCUGGUCCCCCUGGAGGGGCCCGAAGCCGGCACCCCCCAGCACAAGUGCUCCCCAGAGCCUUGGGGGUCAUUUGGGAGGGGACUGCGUCCGAUGGCCUCAGGGCCCGCCCCCGGGCGCAGACCGAACCCCAGGUGCCCAGGCCAGGCGCGCCCGCCCCUGCCCGGCCUGCCUGGCGUCCCCUUGGCGGGGGCUCCGGGCUCAGAGGAACGGAACGGUCACAAGGGAAACAGGGGCCGGGGCGACACAGGGCCUGGACCGCCGUGGUGGGUGCUCGGUCCUCUGACCCCGGGGGCUGGGCUCGACCCCGCCUGCUGCUGGGAGUGACCACAGGACGGAGCAGGCCCGGGGCAAGGUGGCCGCGCCCCGGGUUGGUGGAGUGACCCGCACAGCGGUGGGCCCCUGUUCUCUGGGCCUCAGAGAAGCUCCCCCAGGAGGGAGGGGCGGGGCCGGUGGGGGCUGCGGGCGGGGGGCUCUGUCCCAGCUGCGAGUUUGCCGAGGCCCCGCGGGUGUCCCCUGAGCUCACGUGAGGAUGCGCCUGCUCGUCCAAGGUGGACACUGCGCCCCUGAGGGGCUUUUCUCCGAAAAUUAAACCGCUUUCUAGAA